AAAUCCCUUGAAGAUACUUUGCAAACCUUCAUGCAAGGGCAGACUCAAAUAAAUCAGAAUACAAUGCAAUCACUCCAAGAACUUAAAAAUUCUGUAGGUAGAAUUGAGGCUCAACUUAAUGUUAGGGAAAGAGGGACAUUUCCAGCCCAACCUCAAUCUAACCCAAAGGGUCAACAUGAGGUCCAUGAAGCAAGUUCAUCCCAACCUAAAUUUGAGCAAGUUAAGUCUGUCACAACCCUUCGGAGUGGAAAAAUAAUUAAUAAAGAAAUUCCAACAGAAGAUGACAAAUCUGAAAAAUCUAUUGAAAAGAAUGAUGAAGAUGAUAAUGAACAAAAUGAUCCAAUACUGCAUCAUAAGAUAGUUGCUCCAUUUUCUCAGCGCUUGCUUGCAGCUAAAAAGGGAAUACCUGACCAAGAAAUUUUGAAUAUCUUUAAACAAGUAAAGAUUAACAUUCCUCUAUUAGAUGCCAUUAAGCAGAUUCCAUCUUAUGCAAAAUUUUUAAAAGAUCUUUGUACCAUAAAGCGAAAGCUUUACGUACAAAAGAAAGCUUUUCUAACUGAACAGGUGAGUGCUAUUCUCAAACACAACACCCCACCUAAGUAUAAAGAUCCUGGUUGUCCUACCAUAUCUUGCAUCAUUGGAAACUUUAGGAUACAACGAGCCCUUCUUGAUUUAGGUGCAAGUGUUAACUUACUGCCGUAUUCAGUUUAUGAACAGUUAGGACUUGGUGAAUUAAAACCCACCAAGGUUACUCUCCAACUUGCCAAUCGAUCUAUAAAGAUACCAAGAGGAAUAGUCGAGGAUGUACUUGUCCAAAUUGAUAAAUUCUAUUUUUUAGUCGACUUCAUAGUAUUAGAUACCCAGCCUGUCAUGAACUGUACCACUCCAAUACCUGUCAUUUUAGGCCGCCCAUUUCUAGCUACUUCCAAUGCUUUGAUCAACUGUCGAAAUGGAAUAAUGAAAAUGUCAUUCGGAAAUAUGACUAUAGAUUUUAAUAUAUUUAACAUUUGCAAACAACCCGAUAAUGAUAACGAAAAUGAUGAAAUUCAUGGAGUUAAUCUGAUCGACUCCAUUGUAGAAGAUGCUCUUGUCCCAUCUCUUUCUUCUGAUCCUUUAGAAACAUGCCUAACUUAUUUCGGAAAUACAGAUAUCAACCAAAACUUUAGAGAAAUCAGUGCUAUAUUAGACUCAGCUCCUUUGUUGGAUACAGAUAGGUGGAAAUCUCGUUUUGAAGAAUUGCCCACACGUAACAAUAGUCCUCUACCAUCUAGUGUUCAAGCACCUAAACUUGAGCUAAAGCCUUUGCCAUCUGAGCUCAAGUAUGCAUACCUUGGUCAAGAAGAGACUUUUCCUGUGAUCAUAUCAUCCCAACUCGAACAAAGUCAAGAAGGUGAACUACCAAGUCAAUGGAAUAAACAAGACAAAAGAAAAUUUUUGACUGAAAUAAAAUUUUUUUUCUGGGAUGAUCCUUAUCUUUUCAAAUACUGCCCAGAUCAAAUUAUUAGGAGAUGUGUACCUAAUGACGAGGCUUAUCGUACUGCUUUUAAAAGUCCGAUUGGUAUGUCUCCGUACCGUCUUAUUUUUGGCAAACCUUGUCACUUGCCUGUGGAAUUGGAGCAUAGAGCCUACUGGGCUAUUAAGAGAUUUAAUUUUGAUAUGGAUAAGGCUAGU